AUGGUCCGGCCUAUCGCUGUCAUGCGCGAGACAUGGAACAUCUACACUCCUGUCGAACGACGGAACAUCGCCAUUUACAUCGCUGGCAUCAUGAUGUACAAGUUCGGCCUCGAGGCAUUCAACGGAUCUGUCAUUGCGCUUGCGACUAACCGAUACGAUGAACUCGAGAAGACAACGCACAUCUCCAUUACGUUCCAACGCGUCGGCGUCUUGACUGGACUAAAUCAAGCCUUCCAGUGUGUUGGAUCUAUACUGAUCGCGCCACUCAUCAAGAGAUACCCAACGAAGAACGUUCUGGCUUGUGCAGUGCUUAUAUUCGCAUUUAUGAGCAGCGUCUUGCUCAUCUUGGACGCUGCAACUGGCGGCAGGUUCGCUCCGCGCGGAUGGCCAAAGGAUGACUUUAGCUACUAUGGUGACUAUGAUACGGACGCGAUGAUACCCAUUUAUUGCGUCUGUGGUAUAGUCUACGGUAUGGUCGAGUUGAUCCGACGAGUCAUUCCGCGCGACCUGGUUGGCGGCAACAUCCAAAAGCUUCGACGAAUGGACUCUCUGGUCCACAUCUUUUACGAGAUCAGCGGUACUGCUGGUGCUUUUUGCACAGCACUUGCGCUCAUUCCCCGUUUCGGCAACAACUUCAGCUUCAUCAUCACGCCCAUCUUCUUCGCCGCCGCAUCCAUACUCUGGUACUUCAUCCAGGAAGCCAGCAUACCGAAGGAGGGCAGGUCUCUGAUCUUGGAGAGUCAGCCAACCUACGUCAAGGCCGUUAUAGGCGGAUUCUACCUUUUCUUCGAGUCCGUUGGAACUGGUGCUAAGAUCAUCUUCAAACACCGCAAGUUUAUCUGGCUACUGCCCGGAUAUGCUGUCGCGCUUUAUGCACACCGAUACCUCGAGAACGCAAUCGCUCCUGCCGUAGCACGUCGCUAUUUCGGAAACUCAGCAUGGUCACAGAUCAUAGUGGGAGGCUCAAACUUUGGCGAACUGCUAGGGGCGCUGUUUGUAUUCAUGUUCACGAACUUGGUGCACACUCCGAUACCAUGGCUUCGGCUAGACGCCCUGGCUCUCCUGAUAGUCUGGUAUCUACCUUUCUGGAACCCACCUAAGAACGACGUGGCUCAAGCUUGGAUUGUGGGAGCGACGUUCCUCCCGAUCAGUUUCGGGUGGGCUGCCGGCGACGUAUCGCUCGCCGCAUACAUUCAGGCAUCGCUAGCGCGCAUCGAAUCGAAGACCCAGAACGUAUCCGCACUCGGUGCCGUCAUGGCGUUCCUCUACAGCACAUACAUCGUCACGUACGCGAUCGCAUCCGUUUCCCUCGGGACCUACAUCGACCGCGUUUCCGAUCGCCACAACGAACAGAUACACGGGGCUUUGCUGAACGUGGCUGCUGUACAAUUCACCAUCAUCAGUGUGCUGGUCUUGACAAGUACUUUUGUACCGAAAGGCGCCUUUGCACUAAACCCCAAGAUGCUCAGUGAGGAGGACCUGGACACCGAUUUGGAGGAUGAGGAUCUGGAGUAUGUACCUGGGGUUCAGGUAAAAGGCAAGCGAAGCUACGAAAGCCACGAGAUGGCCAGUAGAACGAACAGCUUGGAUUAG